AUGAUUACAUUGCGGUUUAUAUUUUUUUUAACUGGAAAAGAACAUAAACAGAAAGAAAACGACGUCGAACGUGUUAGAAACGAAAGAAACGGAGAUUUAUCACAUUCACUAACUCAAAUUUUACUGCAGAUUACAUAUUUUGCAGUAAUAGGACAACAUCAUGCCUGCCUGUGUAAAAAAUCAAGUUUUGACAAUCGUGGUGAAAUUGAUGGCCCUCUUUCACAUAUUCCAGGAAUUUGUUUUGAUCCACCUCUUGGCUGUGUAUGUGGCAACAAUCGCGAAAAAUAA